CACUGCAGCACUCAUGCAUCAUCAUCAUCCAUCCAUGGAUAGCGUGGCAAUGGUUGCCCUAGCUUUAGUACACAAUAUAUUACUUAGCAACUAAGUUCCAUGAUGACUUCAAGCUUAACAGAACAAGCUGUUGCUGAAGUUGCAUCACUGUCAAAGGAAAGAGGACGAUUGGUACUUGCUAGAUAUCUUGGUUGCAAAGUCGAUGACUAUUUACAUUUGAGAGAUUCAAUUUUGCUUGAUUUCCACUACGGUAACCUCAUGGUGGCUAUCAAUAGUGGAUUAACCUGGUCACAGUCUAUUGAAAUAUUCCUGCUAGGCAAGCACAUGCUCCAGGAAUGUACAGGUAUUAAGCUCUCAGAAGCAAUUGAUAUUUUCCAGGAAAAGAUCAUACACUUGGCAAAUAUGAUCACACAAGACAAAUUGAAGUUGUUUACAGAUUAUUUCUUUGAGACGUUUAUGAAGCAUUAUCGGUUGUAUCAAUUUGUCUUGACGCAAGGACAAGAACCCAUGGCUUCAGAAUUAGAUAUUCAUGUAAUUCCACCUGUUGAAUGCCUCAAACUCAAAGAAGCAAAAACGCUUAAGGUGUGGGAGUAUGAACAGAAGUUAGAAGAGCUUGAACGUGAAGAGGAAGAACGCAAAGCAAGCUUAACUGAACAAAUGCAAAAAGAAGAAUCUGAGAUAGAAAGUCAAAAGAACAUGACAUUUACAUCAACCAUUUCUGGAGAUUUAAACCGAGAGGUUAUUUCAGAAAUGAUAAAGAAAGCCUCAGAUGCCCAGUCUCAGCAUACUGAAAAACUAUUGUAGUUAGUUGUUGAAGAGAAACAUGAGGAUUUAGAUUUCUACUUAGAAAAAACAGCUUUACCCAGGCCUGUAGAUUUAGGUGCACCUCCUAGGACUAAAGCCCCUCCAAAACUGUCUGCUAGGGGAAAGUCAAGCUCCAAGUCAGUUCACAAGUUAGGACAAGGCCUAGAAUCUCAAAAUGCCCGUGGUUCAACAAGAGGUAGCAGAAAUAAGGCUAAAUAGCAUACUCUGAUAUUUUCACAUGUUCAAAUGUAUAAAUGUAACAUUAUUAUUAAAGGUAAUCAAUUUGUUUCUCAGAAUUGUGUUGUCAGUCUGAAUGUUAUCUUGAAACGUUACAGUGAAAACAAAUGUAUAUAGCGCCCUCUACACCAUUAUACAAAGUAAUCAUUUUUGUAAAGAAUUGUAUUCUGUGCUUGUAUUUUAUUGAAUAUGUCUGUAUUUUAAAUAUUUAGUUGAGAUAAAAAGUGCAAUUAGAUAUCUUUAUCAAUUAUUGAUUUGCAUAAUUAACAAUACUAUGUAGUAUAAAUAAGAAACACUACUGUUGUAAUAAUAAUAGUGUAUAGUUUUAUAUAGCGCAUCCAUCUAAUGUAAAAUGCUCAGGGCGCUUGAUAUGUGGAUAAUGAACUCGAUCAAUGACUUUCUUCGCCCCUAAGGGUCACUUUAUGUCUGUGCUACCCAGUAACCUGCUACCAACAACUCUUGUGAUUCACCACAGGGGCUGUCUGUUCCAGUACACCGCAGUAUUCACCUACUCGUCUCAAAGGAUGUACUGGGUUCUUUAUAGUGCACACGAGACUGUUUAUAGUCCUUAUCCGAGAAGAUGGUUAAAAUAAGUUGUGGGUAAAAUAAUUACAUUUUCAAGUGUAGGACAAACUUUAAAACAAAAUAAAUGUCUAAUGUUUUCAGUAAAUUUUUACAGUAUUUUGUAUUUGUUCAUUGGUGACUUGAGAAGGCUAGGAUGUCAACAAAUAUUUACCUCGCAGUCAUAGCAUUUUAAAUUACAUUUAAUGGAAAUUUUAAAGUGACUCAUAAGUAAACCUUGAGUGUGUAAAAGUGUUUGACCGAGAAAGAAAUAAACCAAUUGGACAAAUGUGUAACCCUAACUAAGGUAUAGCAAAAGACCUAUUAACUAAUAAAAUUGUAAGAAAAUUACAACUGCUAAUUAGCAUAUACUUAAACAAGUAAAAUCAACAUGAACUGAGUAUAACUUAAAAUAUGAAAAUCUGUUGCAUGCAAGGUUAAUACUAUUGUGAUGCUACAUCGGAAUUUGGUAUUUUGACCAUCCAAGAAAAGCAUGUGGUUAAAUGAAAAUAUAUUCUUUUUUACUGCCAGCACAAAUAUGAAUAAAUAUAGUAUAUAUUCUUAUUUCAAUUAUGGCUCUAUUACAAAUUUUACAUUUUACUAGAGCAGAGUUUGAUAUCAGUAACAGUAUAGUCAAAAGUCAAUAUUCUAUCCUUGAUUUUUACUCUAACGAGCUAAAAUAUCAAACCAUGUUUGUAUUAUUUCAUAUGUUUUAUUUAUUUUUUGUCUAAUAAAUAACAGCACUUCAGAUAAA